AUGCCUAUCCAGCCAGCAACAGUUCCCCAUCCACCACUAGAAAGCCUUCAACCCCAGGAUGCCCAACCAGUUGCACUUCGCACGGCGAAUGAUCCAAGAUGGAAUACGACUCAGCAUCCUCUCUUACCAGGAGCCUCGCAGAUCUCACAAAGUGGUCCAUCUACCUGUUUAAACUCUAGUCAGUUCAAAGGAUCAAUGCUGAAUAGCACGCUACCUGAACCGCAUCCCACUUUGCUGGCACCUUGGCUCCUAAACCCAGACUAUGUCAGCACUGAUUCUAUCAGAGCCCCGAGUGUCUCAGAUACACCACCAAAACAAUCAAGGCUUUCGAUCGGCUUCCUUACGAAGACCGCACUAGAGUUGCAGCGGCGGCAGCUGCCAUCGAAAGUCGGUGCUCGAGAACCCGGCGACGUGCUUUCUCACACGCCCCCAGGGCUUGUGGAGGAGACUUUCAGCGGAGAGCCACCCGUCCGUCGAAGGAACAUCGCGAGGUCGAGCCUCCAGAAUGUUUUCGAGGGUCCUCCACACACGAAUAGCGUGAUGACCGCCUCAAAAAUCUCCGCCACUCUUGGAAGCGAUUCUCCAAGCGGUCCGGUAGCGGCUUUGGCACCAUCCGUACAAGAGCAGGCCUGCACGCACGCUUCUUCUUCCCUCCAUACAUGGACGGGCGAUGGAGCUCGACAUUUUAUCCUAGAUAAUGGAGGGAGAUUGCUUCCUGUAAACGGUUUCCAAUCUCAAGGUUCUCUAGACAACGGCAUCAAGAGGUUGCUUGGUCUCAAGAUAAGCAAAGCCAUCACUGAGGUUCCUAUGCGUGAGGAGGAACUUGCAGACGUAAUUGUCGCUACAAGGUCUGUGACCAUGUCGGUCAGUCACAAUCCCCAAGACGAUGGUGUACUGAAAUCGGGUUCCUCAGGCUUUGGAUGA